AUGCUUCCCGCACAGCGCAACAAGGUCGACAUUUCUUCGCUAACGGAGGAGGAACAGAAACUCUUUCGUCUCUACGGCAAGCUACCCACUCGAAAGGAUGUGGUGGGCAACAAGCUGAAGGAGCGCAAAUACUUUGACUCUGGCGACUACGCACUGAGCAAGGCUGGCAAGGCCACGCCUCAAUCUGUUGGCACAGCCAUCCCAAAUCCAGAGACGAUUCCUCACGCUUCCACGGUUUCCUCCCCACCAACACAAGGCGCACCCACCUCACUUGGACCUCAAACAUCCGGACCCGGCUCGGCUCCUGUCGCUGUGCCAGAUCCUAGAGGAUUUGGUCGCAAUCAGCCUCAAGUCAGUGCCUUUCCCACCGCUACCGGCUUUAGCUCGAGCGGA